AUGUCGACGCAUACUACCACAGAUUUGAGAUGGCAUAAGGAAAAAUGGGUAGACCACGAUGUGAUGCGACAUCCUGCAGAUGAGAAGGCAUGGAAAGAGUUUGAUCGAAUGUUCCCCGAGUUUGCUGUUGAUCCCCGAAAUGAUCCUGGCAGGUCAAUCGAUGUUUACUUAAGGCCGUUGGUUGAUGAGCUCAAGGAUUUAUGGACAAACGGUGUGUGCAUGUACGAUAAAUCCACUGGGAAGAUGUUCACUUUGCGGGCAGCAAGCACAAAGGGUUAUAUGGCAUGCCUCAUAUGCAAGGAAGAUGUAACUUCUGGUUGGCACACUGGAAACGUUUGUUACCUUUGUCAUCGGAUAUGGUUGCCAUGGGACCACGAGUGGCGGGAAAAGGAUAAAGAGUUCGACGGGAACACAGAGCGUCGCCUUAGACCUAGAGAAUGGUCCGGUGAUGAGAUCUUGGAACAGCUUAACCGUUUGGAUUUUGCUUAG